CCCCUGGCAGCCUCUUUUCUCAUCAUUGUCCUUCUAAUUUCUUGAAUUUCAGGUGUUUAUUUUUCAGGUUUCCUGAGAGCAUGGAUUGUGUGAGCCCAAUCUAUACUAUUGCCACUGAUCUGUUCGGUUGCACUGCCAAGCGUGCCUCCCAUAUCCGUGGUCUCCGAGAAAAUCUUGAAUGCUUGAGAGAGGAAAUGGAGCUACUGAACCUUCGAAGUGAAGAUGUAAAGACGAGAGUGGAACUUGGAAAGCAGCAACAGAUGACACCCAGAAGGGAAGUGGAAGGCUGGAUUCAGGACGUUGGUGAGGAGGAAAGUGAAGUGGCUGCAAUCCUCCGAGAAGGGGAUGGAGCACUAGAGAAGGAAUGUCUUGGAAGAUUUUGUAAUAUUCGGUCAAGCUACAACCUUGGAAAGAGAGUGAGUCGAAAAAUCAGCCGUGUGAGGGAACUAUCAAGCAGAGGAGAUUUUGAAGCUGUGGCAUACACGUUGCCUCGUGAUGUUGUGGAUGAAUUACCUCUUGUGCGUACCGUGGGCUUAGAUUCCUUGUAUGAGAAGGUGUGCAGCUUCCUCGCUCAAGAUUCAGUAGGAAUUGUCGGAUUAUAUGGAAAACGUGGAAUUGGAAAAACGACACUAAUGAAGAAAAUCAACAAUGCUCUCCUCGAAACAAGACACGACUUUGAUACAGUGAUUUGGGUUUCAGUGUCCAAGCAAGCAAGCGUGGGAGCUGCUCAAGACGUGAUUGGAAACAAAUUACAGAUCAUUGAUAGCAUGUGGCAAAAUAGAAGUCAGGAUGAAAAGGCUAUAGAAAUAUUCAAAAUCAUGAAAACAAAAAGGUUUUUGCUGUUGUUAGACAAUGUACAGAAACCACUUGAUCUCUCAGAGAUUGGAGUUCCUCCUCCUGAUGCUGGAAACAAGUCUAAAGUCAUAAUCGCAACUCGAUCAAUGAGAAUAUGCAGUGAGAUGGACGCUAAAAGGUGGUUGCCGGUAAAGCCUUUGGCAUGUGAAGAAGCCUGGACUUUGUUCAGCGAGCUCGUCGGAGAGGACACUCUAAAUUCUAGUCCCGGGAUACAACAGCUUGCCCACAGCACUUUGGAGAGAUGCCAAGGUUUGCCAUCUGCCAUCGUAAUGGCUGGACGAACAUUGGCUGGCUGCAAGAUUGUCAGGGAAUGGGAACACUUAACACAAGAGCUGGAGGACCUCAUAAAAGAAGAAAUUUCAGGGGAAGACAGGUUGCCUCGUGAUGUUGUGGAUGAAUUACCUCUUGGGCGUACCGUGGGCUUAGAUUCCUUGUAUGAGAAGGUGUGCAGCUUCCUCGCUCAAGAUUCAGUAGGAAUUGUCGGAUUAUAUGGAAAACGCGGAAUUGGAAAAACGACACUAAUGAAGAAAAUCAACAAUGCUCUCCUCGAAACAAGACACGACUUUGAUACAGUGAUUUGGGUUUCAGUGUCCAAGCAAGCAAGCGUGAGAGCUGCUCAAGACGUGAUUGGAAACAAAUUACAGAUCAUUGAUAGCAUGUGGCAAAAUAGAAGUCAGGAUGAAAAGGCUAUAGAAAUAUUCAAUAUCAUGAAAACAAAAAGGUUUUUGCUGUUGUUAGACAAUGUACAGAUACCACUUGAUCUCUCAGAGAUUGGAGUUCCUCCUCCUGGUGCUGGAAACAAGUCUAAAGUAAUAAUCGCAACUCGAUCAAUGAGAAUAUGCAGUGAGAUGGACGCUAAAAGGUGGUUGCCGGUAAAGCCUUUGGCAUGUGAAGAAGCCUGGACUUUGUUCAGCGAGCUCGUCGGAGAGGACACUCUAAAUUCUAGUCCCGGGAUACAACAGCUUGCCCACAGCACUUUGGAGAGAUGCCAAGGUUUGCCAUCUGCCAUCAUAAUGGCUGGACGAACAUUGGCUGGCUGCAAGAUUGUCAGGGAAUGGGAACGGUUAGCACAAGAGCUGGAGGACGUCAUAAAAGAAGAAAUUUCAGGGGAAGACAGGUUGCCUCAUGCUGUUGUAGAUGAAAUGCCUCUUGGGCAUACUGUGGGCUUAGAUUCGUUGUAUGAGAGAGUUUGCCGCUGCCUUACUGGAUAUCAAGCAGGAAUUAUUGCAUUAUACGGAACAGGAGGUGUUGGAAAAACAACACUAAUGAGGAAAAUCAACAACGAGUUCCUCAAAACAAGUCACCAAUUUGAUACAGUGAUUUGGGUUACUCUCCCCAAGCAAGCAAGUGUGAAAGCUGCUCAAGAGGUGAUUCGAAAUAAAUUACAAAUCCCAGAUAGCAUGUGGCAGGGUAGAACAGAGGAUGAAAGGGCUACAGAAAUAUUCAACAUCAUGAAAACAAGAAGGUUUGUGCUACUUUUAGAUGAUGUAUGGCAACGACUUGAUCUCUCAAAAAUAGGAGUUCCUCUUCCAGAAAUUCGAAACCGGUCCCAAGUAAUAAUCACAACUCGAAUUCAGGAAAUAUGCAAUGAAAUGGAAGUUCAAAGGAUAUUUAGGGUAGAGUGUUUGGCACAGGAAGAAGCCUUGGCUUUGUUCCUGGAGAAAGUCGGAGAGAACACUCUAAAUUCUCACCCUGAUAUAUCACGGCUUUCUAAAAAGAUGGCAGAGCAGUGCAAAGGCUUGCCACUUGCCCUUAUUACUGUUGGAAGAGCAAUGGCUCAUAAGAAUUCUCCCCAUGAAUGGGAUCAAGCAAUCCAAGAACUGGAGAAAUUCCCAGUGGAAAUUUCAGGUAUGGAGGAUGAGUUAUAUCAUGUUUUGAAAUUAAGUUAUGAUAGCUUAAGAGAUGAUAUCACCAAAUCUUGUUUCAGAUACUGUUCUUUUUUUCCUAAGGAAUAUGAAAUUAGAAAAGACGAGCUUAUAGAACAUUGGAUUGGGGAAGGGUUUUUUGAUGGUAAGGACAUAUAUGAAGCACGAAGACAAGGACACAAAAUCAUUGAAGACCUAAAGAAUGCAUGCUUGUUAGAGGAGGGUGAUGGAUUUAAAGAAUGUAUCAAGAUGCACGAUGUGAUACAUGACAUGGCUCUAUGGAUAGGUCAAGAAUGUGGAAAAAAGAUGAACAAGAUUUUGGUGCGUGAAUCUCUUGGGCAUGUUGAGGCUGAGAGGGUUACCAGCUGGAAGGAGGCAGAAAGGAUAUCAUUGUGGGGAUGGAAUAUUGAGAAACUGCCAGGAACGCCACAUUGCUCUAAUCUCCAGACUCUCUUUGUGAGGGAGUGUAUCCGACUGAGGACAUUUCCAAGAGGAUUCUUCCAAUUCAUGCCUCUCAUAAGGGUUCUAGAUUUGUCAGCUACACAUUGUUUAAUGAACUUACCUGUUGGCAUUGAUAGAUUGAUGAACUUGGAAUACAUUAAUCUUUCAAUGACAAAGAUAAGAGAGUUGCCGAUUGGGAUCAAGAAGUUGACAAAACUGAGGUGCUUGUUACUUGAUGGUGUGCCUCCAUUUGUAAUUCCUCCACAUGUGAUAUCAAGUCUGUCAUCAUUGCAGUUGUUUAGCAUGUAUGAUGGAAAUGCUUUAUCUUCAGACCAUGAACACUUGUUGGAGGAAUUGGAGUCCAUAGAAUCUAUGGAUGAGAUAUCUCUCUCAUUCUGUAGUGAUGUAGCUCUCAAUAAAUUACAGAGCUCUGACAAGCUACUAAGGCGCAUAAGAAGAUUAAGUCUACAUGACUGCAAAAAUUUACUACUCCUCAUGCUAUCCACAAAAUUUCUGAGCUAUUUGGAGACUUUUGUCAUAUUCAAUGGUCGUCAAUUGGAAGGAAUUUAUAGACCUGUGGAAUUUGAAGACAACCAACACUUCCACAGGCUUCGACAUGUAAAGAUUUGGAGUUGUCCAGAAUUGCGGCACUUGGGAUGGCUUAUUUAUGCUGUACACCUUGAGUCGCUUAAUGUUCAAUUCUGUGAAUCCAUGGCAGUAGUGAUAUCAGCCGUUGACAUUGCAAAUUGCCAGCACGCCAGCCCAUUCACAAGACUCGCAUCUCUAGUAUUAGGUGGCAUGCCAGAGCUGGACGUCAUCUGUCCGUGGGCAGUAGACUUGCCUUCAUUGGAAGUGAUCUCUGUGAUCAAUUGCCCGAAGCUAAGGAGGCUCCCAUUCAAUUCAAAUAGUGCCACCAAGAGCUUAAAGAAAAUUGAAGGAGAUCUGACCUGGUGGGAAAGCUUGGAAUGGGAGGAUGGAUCUACGAAGGAGAUUUUCGCCAAUUAUUUUUCUCCACAAUACUUGGCCGAUCCAAUUCAUCACUCAGGGGAAGCGAAGGGAAAGAAGAUACUGGUGGUAGAAGGUUCAACAUCAAGGACAACCACCUAAACACAGCUUGUGGAUGGCAUACAGAAGUUGGAACUGAUGAGGGAACAGGCUGUAUUGUUAUUUUUGCAGGAUGAGUGUCUGAAGACUGAUGCAACAAAGCAAUUGGCACAUGGUUUGGUACAGAUUGCUGUGUGGGAGAUGUGAUCCAUUCUUGUAUCAUUUACUGUUUGCAUGUGUGUGACUGAUUUAUUUUUAGGUUGCUCAAAGCAUUUUUGGUUUGAUAUUAUGCCCUAAGAUUGGUGUGUCUUGCCUAUGAAAUUUGUAUUUUUAUUCAAAGUGUGUGCUUUCAACU